AGAUAACUCAAUCAAACCUGCUUCCUCCCUCUUUGCUUCAGUGCAUCAUACAGGAAAUAUAUUGCUGUGUCAAGCUCCAGAGACGAGUUUCUUCUUUUCCAAAUUACUAAUCAGACUAAAACACGUUAAGCUGGAGGAAAAGAGUAGGAGAAAAAGAGUGCCCGGCUGCUCAUGAGCUAAGAAAAUCCAGCGCCAAGAAGUCACUUGGAGAAAGCCUUGCCAUGCUCACAGCUCUACUUGUGCGGAGGAAAAACACUUACUGGAGGACGGAAAACAAGACAACAGAAAUGCUUUGCCCCCCGAGAACUUCUGAUCUAGGGCUGCUCCUGAUCGCUGUCUUCUUCUUGGUGGAUUUUGUAGAUUCAGAUAAUUCAUGUACGGAUGAAAACCGGAAUAUACGGAAUAAUUCAUCCCCUCUUGCAGAAGCUAACAGUAGGCUGUUUAUAGAGAUGGGCUCGAGGAAGGUGCUCUGUUGCCCUGAUGUCCUACUGACAAACAUACUGCUAACAACGUGGAAAAUCACUCUCAGAGGUCAGACCUUAUGCACAAAAUCCUAUGAUAAGGAAGAAAAUCAGACCUCUGACAACUGUACUGAUGAGAGGAUAACGUGGACCUCCAGACCUGACCUAAGUCCUGACCUUCAGAUUAAUGGAGCGGCUGUCACACAUGAUGGAACUUACAUCUGUGAAAUGGUAAACUCUACUGGGAAUUUCCAACAUGAAUAUCAACUCCAAGUGCUAGUGCGCCCUGAAGCAAACAUCUUUCCCAUUAAGAAUAAAACCGUGGUGUGCGAGGCAGUUGCAGGCAAGCCAGCUGCACAGAUCUCCUGGAUUCCACAAGGGCACUGCCAGAGUGAGGAAGAAACGACCAGCUACAGCAACAGCACAGUGACGGUCAGGAGCAGCUGCAGCUAUUCAGGGAACGUGUCCACCGUGACCUGCUUGGUCUCGCAUUUGACUGGGAACUGGAGUCUGUCUGAAUCUCUGCCUUCUGUUAUAGGUAUCUCAAGACCAAGUGAGUCAUAUAUUAGAUACAUCAUUCCUUCCAUUGCUAUUAUUUUGAUCAUCGUGGGAUCAGUUUGGUUUUUGAAAACCAAAGGCUUCAGCUUAUUUUAUUUUUAUAGGCAAUGUAAGUUUAAAAAUCCAGCACCUACUCCUGCUGUUGAUGAGGAUGAAAUGCAGCCUUAUGCUUGUUACACAGAGAAGAACAACCCACUCUAUGAUACUGUGAACAAGAUAUAGAAUGGAAAACCUAUUUUGAAGUUAGUUUUGCAAAGCUUCUUGGAAGAAAAGACAUUCUAAUGGAUUUGCAUUCACAUCCUUCUAUCAUAGAAAUUUAAAAUCUCAGCUGCUGUUAGCUAACUCUGUGAAGAACUUGUGAUUGUGCAAAGAAAGCACACACUUGCAAUAUUUAAAGUGUGCAAUACAGUGAAUAAUGAAAAACCAAGUUUCCUCAAGAAAUAAUUUUAUAGGAUCAUCGUCAACAGUUUCUCAUUAUUCUUAAAACUUCUACAUACAUUUUAUAUUUUUAUGUGCCCAUGAUAUAUAUAUGCAUUUAUAUGUCUAUUUACAUUUGUCUUUGUAUGUAUAUAAAUGUGUCAAGACGCAAAUAGGAACAUACUGUAAUGCUACCCAGUAGCUAUAAAAAGCUAGUUAUGUGAAUCUUGAAGAUGUUUUUUAUGUCAACACGAGAAAAGCUACCUCAUUCUUUUCUAAUGGUUACAUACUAUGUCAUUUUAUGAUUAUGUCAUAAUUUAAUUAACUACAGCCAAGUAUGGAAAUUCAGAUGGUUUUGUUUGUGGAAUGUGUAGGAAUGAUGUCAGUAGACUAUUUCUUAUGGAUGUAUUUCUUUGUGUUGUUUGUGUCUGUAGGAUAAUCUUCUUGAGUGAAAUUUCCAGGUCAAUUGGUAUGCACUUAUAUAUUAUUGAUAUGUAUAACAAAUUGUAUCAAUUUACAUUCCUUCCAAUGGUGCACGAUGGUGCCUUGUUUUGAUAUCUGCAAGAUUCUCACUUUCUUCAUUCCUAUUUUUAAAAACUAACUAAUUGUCUAAUAUGAUGUUAGAUUAUAAUAAGAACUGAACUGUUUAAUAAAACUGGGUUUAUAUUUUUUGUUGUGUUUGAAAGAGAGAGAAAAUAUGGGUAAAGAUGUAUAUUUUUUCUGAGGUUCUUGUAUUCCUGGAAGUGUUGAAAUGCAAUGCUUAACAAUUUUGCAGAUGUUACAUGUUGGAAUUAUGUAUUUUUACUUUGUACAUUACAUUCUGGUGUCUUUCAGAAUAGUAGACAUCUAUGGACUACAUACAUACAUACAUACAUACAUACAUAUGCACUACAGAGGACUUGGGGUUUCUACAUGCUAAGAGAACAGCCAUAGGAUCACAUGACCCUCCCCUAGAUUUUUCUGUGGAGUGAAAUAGUGGGAAGAUGUACAUUGAGAAUUUUUAGUAUUAUAAGAACUUGUUAAUCAUGAAAAGUAUGAAAAAUAUGACUGUUCUAUAGCAGAAAAGACAUUAUUUUCAUCAUGACAAAUUAAAAUACAUUUAUUCUUCAAUUGUGCUACCAAAGAAGUUUAAGAUAAUUAUUACUAAUACAUUUUCCCCUCUCCAGACAUUUAAAAUAUUUUAGGCUUUAUUUUCAAAGCAUGUUUUUAGCUUUAUGUUAGAGAUAGAACUAGCAUGUUGGCAUGUGGCAUGUGAUAUUGUUAAAUGAACUAUUUUGACUUGGGUACUUUAUCUCACAAAACCCCAGUUCAAUCCAUUAAGUUUCUUCACUUAAGUAUUAGUGGUAUGCACAGACAUCAUAACUCUAUCCUGGACAAUUUAUUAAUUCUUCAUGCAUCUUUAGUUGGGAAAAACCUUAUAGUAAGUAAUAACAAGACUGUAUGUUUAAAUACUACUUUAAAAAAUAACAAAAAUGCAUUUAAAAUUUAACUUCAUAAUGUCAAAGCAGCACAUAAUAUCACAGAGAAGACUUUAAGAUAGUUCAGAAACCAGGAACAAUUUUGUACAUCUGGAAUCCUAGCACUCUGGGAGACUGAGACAGAAACAUCUCAAGUUUGAGCUAAGUUGGAUAACUUAGUGACUUAGCAACAUCUUGUCUCAAAAUUUAAAGAGAAGUUAAUAAUAAAAAAUAAAGUCUGAGGAUAUAUCUCAGUGCACAGCCUCUGAUUCAAUCCUCAACACUGCUAAAAAUAUUUUAUUGAAAUUAUAAGUAUUAUACUAUAUAGGAAAUAAUAAUAUGAAAAUGGCUCAUUAUGGAAGUGAAACAUGGCUGAACAUUUGAAUUGUGGAGAAAUAAAAAAUUUAUAUAGACUCUUCAAAUCCACUCUAGUUCUGCUGAAUCACAAAAGCUAGAGAAUGGAUCACUAUCCUAGUCACUUUGUCCUCACUGGGACAAAAUACCCAACACUUACAAUUUAAAGGAAGAGAGGUUUCUGUUGGUGUCUGUUUUCAGUACAUGGUCAGGAUGGGCUUGGUGGAAAGGGCUGGCAGACAAAUGCUGCUCACAUCAUGGGAGCCAGGAAGCAAAGAGAAAGAGGAAGAGCCUGGAAGGAAGUGAGUCCUUCAUGAUCCCGCCCCACUGCGAAUGCCUCUCUGAUCAGGCCCAACAGCACAAUCAACUGCUGACCUCAUUAGUGGACUAAUCCACUGAUAAGUACAGUGCCCACAUAGUCCAGUGACCUUCCAAAGACAUGAGACUUCGGGGUCUUUUUAGAUCCAAACCACAGCACCCAGAUAUGCCAAUUUAGUCUUCCAGGAAGCAGAGGCAGAGAUGGAAUUAGGGGUGCUAAAGGUUAAGUGGGGAAAGAGUAUACCCGUGAAAGACUGAAGAGGAGCAGGGUAAGGAAGGGCAAGCCUUUAGACUGCAGUGCUGAUUUGAAUGAAACUCAUGAAAGGAAAAUGGGAGGACACAGGAUUGAGAACGAAGAACCUAGAGUACAAUGUUAGAAAUGUGCAAGUCUUAGCCAAACCAGUGGGGAGUUCUGGAGCAAAGUACAGUCUUUAUGUAAGGAAAUGACGUUUUGAUACCCCUGCAAGAUGAGUCAUUGGCUGGGGGCUGCCUGCAUAGAACAUGGCCCCAAAUCAAAACCUGAAAUGAAUCCUGAUGAUGUUAACAAGUGGAAACCAUCAGUUAUCUGUACUCCUUGAAGUGGAAUGGUAAGUUUUCUACUGAUGGGAAAUUUGAACUGCAUACCUACGUGAUUAUAGUUUUUCACUAUGAGUUUCUCUAGUUAAAACUCUUUUGCCAAUCUUAUUUUAGACAUACCUUCUAUGAAGAAUCUAUCAUUUUUAAUAAAGUUAUAAUUAUUAUUUACUGUUUUUAGAAUUUUAUGUUUACUGAGUUUAUGUUUACUGAAUUUUAUGUUUACUGUUUAAAUCAUACAUAUUUUUGUAAUUACUUAUGUAUUUGUUCAUAUUUUUAUAAUCUUACAUGUCUUAUUUACUAUACUUUCUCCUUUCCCUUCAUUUCUUUUUUAUUUUUCCUUUAUAUAUUUUGUUGCAUUAUGUUUUCUUUCUUUCCUCCAACAGUUUCAAAGUUGUCCAUUAUAAUGUACAUAUGUUAGUGGUUAUGCUUUGUUUAUGGACAUCUACAAGCAAUUUUUCUGGAGAGUGUAGUUGAUGUAAACUGUAUGCUUUGUUUAGGCACAGCUUUACACAUGUGUAAUCAAUAUAAUAAACUUCACCACCACCCCUAAAA